AUGGAUAGCAUUACGGAUACUGGGGUCGAAAUCAAAGACAACUUCGCGCAAUUGCUGAUUUUGGAAGCGACGCAGGAUGAAGAAUUGGUCGCACUGGAACAUCACGACAAGCGGUGGGGCUUUUUCAUCGGCAAGCACGUGUUGACAACAAAAGAGUUCCCAUUCGAUCUGGAUACAACUUCAGCUGCAUUGGUCACUCUGAAGAAUUCAAAGGAGCAUAUAAACACCAUGCUUGAUGAUAUGCUUGACUUUAUGAAUAGUGAGGGGCUCAUUAUGACCUAUUUUGACAAGUCCCGACCACGUAUUGAUCCUGUAGUCUGCGUGAACGUACUUCGAGCAUUUCAUAAGUUCGGACGUGGGAAGGAUCUCCGGCGUACCCAGGAAUGGAUUCGACAGGUCCUCUACCAUCGCGCAUAUUUAGAUGGGACUCGGUAUUACAGCACCUCUGAGGCUUUCCUGUACUGUCUCGGGCGCCUCUUAGAGACAUUGGAUGAAAGCGAGGUCAAUUUGUAUCGGGAUUUAAAGUCUUUGAUUGUGGAACGCAUCCGUGAGCGUACCGGAGUCGCGGGAGAUCUAUUAUGUCUUGCAAUGCGAAUUCUUACAGAGCCGCUCGAAAUCAGCUGCAUCUAG